UUUGCAUAAGAAUAGAAUAGUAAACAAAGGCACGAAUGUCACUUAUUUUCAAGAGCAAAUUAACAUGUUGCAUUCAGUUUUGAAAUAAUUUGUGUUUUUUUACCUUAAAAUCGCAUCAUAAGGUGUUCUCUAGUACUGAUAAAAGUAACAUUGUGAUAAUAGUAUUGUGAUAUUAAACGAAUAAUCAUGGAUGUGAAGGAAUCCCGAUCCAAAAUUUUCAUCAAUCCAGAGUUCAAGAAGGCGCACAUCAAUCGUAACUUCCUGACAAAGAACCUUCCACAAGCACCCACCGGAACGAAACCAGCAUUAGUAGCAACAGUACCUAGCAUUCAUUUUAAUCCCGCAUUUCUGGAACGCCUGAGUUUGCAGCGGCAACAACAGCAUGAAUCUGUAACAGCUUUAACAGCACCACUGUCUCAAUCAAAUCCCAUAAUCAAAAACACCAAGCGGAAACUGGUCCGGGCUUCUUCGGCGGCUCCUGCGACUAUAACAUCCCCGAGGGUAGCACCCCUGGUGCCCCCGCUAGUGAAGCUCGGCCGGAACAAGCUGGUGCGGUCAGUUCCGACCUCGGUUGUGCCUCACGUGCCAUCCCAUCCUGCAAAAUCGGUAGGAGUGAGGAUAGUGGAGAAACGUUUCAAGCUCGUAAACGAGAGUAAACCACUAUACAAGUUGGAUCGACGUCCUGCUGGAAGCUUACGUUUGGCUUUGAAGCCUAAAUCGUCCAUACGGCGGUUCUCGCUAGUCAGAAGCAACUCCAUUAGUCCGCAGAAAGUUGUCAUCACCGAUAGAAGACUACUGAAAUUGUGUCGUAACAGACCACCGUUGAAAACUGUUGGAGGAACGACGUCUCGUAAUGUGUCUUUCAGUUCCCAGAAUAAGAAGAUGGUGAUGAUCAAUAUCAACGGUGUUCUGUAUCGGUCCUCAUCCAACAAGUUACAAGUAUCGACAGCGCGGACUCCUGUACCCAACAUUUCGCCCUUCAAAACACCAACUGGGUCAGCUAUCAGUAGACAACGCUUCUUAUCGAUUCGAGGUACGCGAUUCAUGCUGGACCAAAGUGGAACAAAAUUGAGGAAGAUACCUUCUGCUGAGUUUGAUCAGCCUCAUGCAAAACUACGCCGAAUCGACAUUGGUGGGCUUACCUAUAUGCAAAAAACGGACGACACCUUCGUACGAACGGAAACCCAUCGAACCAGAUCUUACUUGAGCUCCACUAAACAGAAAAGCAUUCAGAUGUUGACAAGUAACAUGCGGAAGUGUAAUGUUCCGUGUCCGAUUUAUCGUCGUUUGGGAAAAUGCACUGCGUUUGCUCGAGGAAAAUGUCCCAAGUUGCAUGAUAAGAACCAAAUCAUGAUUUGCUCUAAAUUUCUUAAAGGCGAAUGCUCCAACAGCGACUGUCUUCUGUCGCAUAAUGUUUCUCUAGAAAAGAUGCCCGUUUGUCACUUUUUCCUGGAAGGUCGCUGCACAAAAAAUGAUUGCCCAUAUCUGCACAAGAAGGUCAGCGAGAGAGAACGUAUUUGCGAGGAUUUUCUCAAAGGAUAUUGUCCACUUGCCGAUAAGUGCAUAAAACGUCACGAGUUCAUUUGUCCGGAAAUGGUUCGUUUAGGAGCAUGUGAUAGGACAAAUUGUCCUUAUCCACACAGUCGCCGAAAUGACAAGAAGAAGCAACAUGCGUCCAGCGGUAAAAAGCAACCGCCAGUCAAAGCUGUUCCAGUACAGAAAGAAGUGCAUCCAGCAGGGCCAAUUUCUUCGCAAAGAUAUUAUAUUAGUAGCACUGCUGACAAAGAGAUCGAUAACGAGGCGCAGCUUUCAGAAGUUCAGGAAGCCCAACUCAAAAGUAUGCUUUCAAAGGUAGAAAAGAUGAAGCAAGGACAUCUGGGGAGCAACGAUUCGGUAAAAUCUGAUGCUGUUGUCAAUAAAAAUGACGAAGAAAUUGAAAUAUGCGGCAGUGAUGGGCAUGAAAGCGAAGAUGAACAUUCAGAGCCACCGAUUAGAAGGAGGGCGAAAUUAGGUCCAUUGCCCUCGUUUAUUCCUAUUUAGUUUUGCUGUUGGCAUAUCAUUUUAAUCUUAUCUGAGAGGUACGAAAUUAAUAAAAAUGGUUUUAAUAGUUAACUGUGAAAUUGAA